CUCCCACUCCCACUGACAUUUCCGAUAACCCGGCACUACUUUAUCGAAUCAAUCCGAAAGGGAAGUGAGAACCGAGAGAGUGAGACAGAGAGAUCUGCGUUUUUUCUUUUCUUUUCUAGAUAUGAUCAAGCUCAGAUUCGUCCACCGCCUCCUAUUUUUGACGGCGAUCUAUAUCUUCCUUCCUCCGACCGCCGCUCGAGGCGGUCACUCCGACUAUAUCCACCCAGGUUAUGGAAAUUUUAGUUUUCAUGGUAUUGCGAGGAACUUAUUUGCUCAAGAAGAGCUUCGACCGAGUUUGGAAUUAACUCGAGGUUACAUGACAAAUAAUGAUCUUGAGAAAGCAAUGAAAGAUUUUACCAAAAGAUGUAGCAAGAUCUCGAGAUUAUACAGCAUCGGAAAGAGUGUCAAUGGAUUUCCUUUGUGGGUCAUAGAGAUUUCAGACAGGCCUGGAGAGAUAGAGGCUGAACCUGCAUUCAAGUACAUUGGGAAUGUACAUGGAGAUGAACCUGUAGGGCGUGAGCUCUUAAUACGUCUUGCAAACUGGAUUUGCGAUAACUAUAAGAAGGAUCCAUUGGCUCAAAUGAUUGUAGAAAAUGUUCACCUUCAUAUAUUGCCAUCAUUGAAUCCAGAUGGCUUUUCAAUUAGGAAACGUAAUAAUGCAAACGAUGUUGAUUUGAAUCGCGACUUCCCUGACCAGUUCUUUCCCGUAAAUGAUGACUUAAGUUUGAGGCAACCUGAAACUAGGGCAAUCAUGACUUGGCUGAGAGAUACACGAUUCACAGCGUCGGCUACUCUGCACGGGGGUGCGCUGGUCGCAAAUUUUCCAUGGGAUGGUACGGAGGAUAGGAGGAAAUACUAUUAUGGAUGUCCUGAUGAUGAGGCAUACCGGUUCUUGGCACGUAUAUAUAGCAAAUCUCACCGUAAUAUGUCUUUGAGCAAAGAAUUUAAGGAAGGAAUCACAAAUGGAGCAUCCUGGUACCCAAUUUAUGGUGGUAUGCAAGAUUGGAAUUACAUAUAUGGAGGGUGCUUUGAAUUGACUCUGGAAAUUAGCGACAACAAGUGGCCUAGAGCCUCAGAGCUUCCUACCAUUUGGGAUUACAAUAGAAAGAGUAUGCUGAAUCUUGUUGCAAGCAUAGUGAAGACAGGACUUCAUGGACGGAUCUUUUCAUUAGACCAGGGAAAGCCACUGCCUGGGCUUGUUGUGGUCAAGGGAAUUAACUAUACGGUUAAAGCUCAUCAAGAAUACGCAGACUACCAUCGGUUGCUUGCACCUGGACAGAUAUAUGAAGUCACAGCAUCAUCCCCGGGAUACAAACCGAAAACAACAAGUGUUUGGUUAGGUGACAACGCAGUUACCGCUGAUUUCAUUCUCAUCCCAGAAGCAAGCUCCCGAGGCAAUCUACUGAGAAGCAACUGUGACUGUAGCUGUAAAAGCCGGUCAGCCGCUUGCUGCGGUCAGCCGCUUCUAGCACACUUUUUCACAGAGACAAACAACGGAAUCACGCUUACGCUUAUCGUGGUUGUAGUGUUCCUGUGUUUUUUGUUGCAAAGAAGGGUGAGAUUUAACCUCUUGAAGCAAAAACAAUCCUCUAGAAGACCGAUAACAGUAUGAUUUAUAUAGGUAUAAUAAUAACACAACUCUCUUAAUAAGCAAAAAAAAAAAACCAUACUUGGAAAAUAAAAGUUUGUACUUUAUGUAUUUGUUUUGGUUGAUCUUAUCAUCAUCUUACAAAGCCUUGUAGUACUACGUCAAGAAGUGCAACAUUUUCGUAAAGAGAAACGUUCACAUCUUAAA